UACAGAUGGUACGACCCACACCAGGAAGGACGUCCUCAGUGUUGUCUGCUAGUUGUUUGUCUGCUAGUACAAUUAGUCUACACAUUGCAUUUAAUGUGUUGUUGUGUGAAUAAUUAUUUAUAAUCAGUUGAUUAUGAUAAUAACGUUAAACGCUUUAGGAAGUGAGCCACUUGACUUGACAUCAUAACGUUAGGCCGAUCUCGAGGUUAACGUUUAGGUUACGUUAGCCAUAAGGUUUCAAAAGUUGUAGGACAACUCGGUCAUUUGGACAACCAGACAUUUCUUGCUAAUCAUGUCGAUGGAAUAUAUGACUUCUCUCCACAAUAAACGACGCCAUGAAGAGGAGCAUGGUAACUGGGAAUAUCAACCGAAAAGGCUGUGCAGUGGAGUGGCUCAUUGUCGCAACAUUGAAUAUGGCGCGGUCGGCGAAAGUCCCAUGGAUACAUGGGAGAUCCAGCAGCAAGUCCUACCGAAUGGGAACACAGGCAACGGAGUCGUUCCUGUCAUGAGCACACCUCAAGGCAGGUCAUCUGCACAGUGCUGCCCGAGAUGUAUGGCGGGAGAGUCGGGACACAUUAACCACAUCAUGGGAUAUUGAUUAUGAUGAUCUACAGAAAUGCCUUUGCCAUAAGUGAGAGGAUGGUCAACCAAUCCUGUUUAGUAGAUGCCAGCUUGUCCCCCUGCACUAUGCAACACAAUGCAUACAGAGAGUGCCUUGCACAUUUCCUUGAUCUCUACCAAGUACUGUACAACUCCACUCCAGCACUGUUUACAUGUCCAGGUAUUUCUAAUGGCUGUAUGGCCAGUCAUCGGGUAAAUGAUUUCACACAUUCUAGAUGAAUGAGUUAAAUGUACUACUACAGUGUAGUUGAUAAAACAGCCGUCCUCAGGACAAAGCCAUGACCGUUUUAUAUGCAUAUUCACAAAGGGAACCUCCAAUCCAGGAAGUUUGUACAAAUAUAUAACACAUGCAGACACACUUGGAGAGAGACUAAAGUUGCUAUUAUCAGUCAUUGAUGAUUAGGAAUAGAAUUGUUGUUUGGUAUGCAAAUUAUUGUUCCUUUUGCAUAGUUCUAUGGUAUGGAAACAUUUAGGAAAUGUUUUGUAAUUACGAAUGGUCUGAUUAAUUUGGGAUGUUUGCCUUUACAAAAAGAUAACUGAUACAAUAAUUAGAAACAUUUCAAUAAUUUGAUUGAAAUGCUUUAAUUAUUUAUGGAUUGUAUUAAUUGGUGUAUCUCAUAGAUACUAAUGGAUUUAUAGAUAUAAAAUGACCCUGUUAUAAUGUCCAAAUUAAAAAUCUAUAUAUAUAUUUGGAGAAAUGUUGGGUAAAAACAGGUUUAUCAAAAAAAAAAAAAUCUGCAUUCAAAAUGUAGUAUCCGUAAACCUUUUCUUGGAUUUUGUUCCAUGUAAUUUUUGUAUAAACCAUGCAUUUUAAUAAUAGAAAUAUGUCAUCGACA